CACUCAUCUCACUCACACACACACACACACACACACACACACACACACACACAUAAUUGGUGGUUGAGUUCCUGUGAUCAUUCACCAAGAAGGGUAGAUGAUUUAGGGACCCCAUCACACCACCAACAAAGCUUUCCAAACCUCUCAUACCCUCUCUCUCUCUCUCUCUCUCUCUCUCUCUCUCAAAGAAAGGGAAGAAAAUCAAGAGAAUGGCAUCCAAGAGAACUGAGUCUAUGAAAAAGGAAAUCAACAGGGGUGCAUGGACUGCUGAAGAAGAUCAAAAACUAGCUGAGGUCAUCGAAAGCCAUGGUGCAAAGAGGUGGAAGACCAUUGCAAUCAAAGCAGGGCUCAAUCGAUGCGGAAAGAGUUGUAGACUGAGAUGGAUGAAUUAUCUGAGACCUAAUAUCAAGAGAGGAAAUAUUACAGACCAAGAAGAAGACUUGAUUUUUAGGCUUCAUAAACUCCUAGGAAACAGAUGGUCUUUGAUAGCGGGAAGACUACCGGGUCGAACAGAUAAUGAAAUCAAGAACUACUGGAAUUCUCAUUUGAGCAAGAAAAUAAAUCAAAUGGAGAAACAAAAUGAAGGAUCAAGAGGAGAAUUAGGCUCAAAGACAAAGAGAAGACGGGUAGUAGAGAAGGCCAAUGAGGAUAUGAAAGGAGAGGAGACCUCUAAUGGUGGUGAGGACUCAAAAAUCAACUUUGAUCAUGAUGAUUUCUUUGAUUUUUCAAAUGAGAGUCCUUUUACUCUAGGGUGGGUUAGUCAAUUCCUUGAUCUAGACAACAAUUUAUGUGAAUUUUCAUCAUAAAAUUGUAGACUUUUGUUCCUCUCCUUGUGGUUUGGUUGUGUAGUGCAUGAACAAUCAAUUUUGAUGUUGAGAUUGAUGAAUCAUCACUUUGACAUGCCAAAUCAUCUGUAAAUCAACCAUCUUAGGUAUUCUCAAUUCAUUUUCCAAAUUCUUUU